AUGUCGUUUUCGUUGAAGACUCCGGAGGGGCUACCGACCCACGCGCAAUUGGUCGACUUUUUUAACAAGGUUCUCCCACCCAACGUCAAGGACAUCCCGCUCCUGUAUCAUGUGCCGCGCUGGCCUGGGUAUAAUGCCAGCAAGAUAUAUGUACACGACAUUGUACUCAGCGUCACGCCUACUCUAGGUGUCUACGCGAAACUGAGGCAGCUAGCGAGGGGGACCCGGAAGGCCGUCUGCUUCCUCCACAGACCGUUCCAGCUAGAUCGGAAAGCACUACCCAAGGGCUCGUUAGUCCUGGCAAACCAUAAGAGAUUUGAUGAGUUGCUGACAGUGGGCUAUAAUUUGGCCCUUGCUUCGCGACUUGGUAUGGUCGUCGAGCGAGCGACUUGUAUCCAGGGAUACAAAGGAGAUCCGGAACGUCGAAUCGGAAUUGUUGGCCCGCUAGGACAAGUAGAAACUCUCGAGAAUCUGGCUCAGACUAUAUCCGCCGAACUUUGCGUCGCCGACAUACAUAAAAACAGCCAAAGCACCUCAUCUCAAACGAUUCAGGCUGUGGCUCUAAUGAACGCCUUUGGCCCUGAUGAGGUCUCCCGAGUCAUCCUGACUACAAAGGGUGAUGGGCUCAUCCUGGAGGAAGUCAGCCCGCGUAGCUUGCUAUAUCUUACUGGGCAGCCGCGAGAUCUGGGAUUACGGGCUGCCGAGACUUUCAGGAUGCCUUCAAUCUGUGUCGGACAUCGUCCUGCGGAGGAAUGGGGCAUUCGUUACCUAGAGAGUUCUCUUCACCAGACGUGGCCAAACCUUGCAGUUCAUACGGUAUUUGAGGAUGAAUCUCCUCCAGAAACCCAAAGUGUUCUGAUAGAGGCCAAGAGUUAG